AUGCUGGGUUCUGGAGACGCUGGCCACAUUAUUAAGUUACGCGGUUUGCCUUUUUCCACCACAGUUGAAGAUGUACUUGAUUUCUUGCGGGGUGUGAAUGUCGUUAAUGGAAAGGAAGGGGUUCAUCUAACGGAAGUAAGACCCGGAAGACCUUCAGGAGAAUGUUAUGUAGAAGUACUUGACCAAAUUGAUGUUGAGGAAGCUUUGAAAAAAGAUAAAGAGAACAUGGGCAAGCGGUAUAUCGAAGUGUUUUCUACUGAUCGCCAAGAUAUGGAGUGGGCUUUAAAUGCAAUGAAUCAAUCUGAGAAUGGGUUUGAUGGCAUUCCCAAUCUAAGUGAUGAUAUGGGCAUUGUUAAACUUCGUGGAUUGCCUUUUGGUUGCUCUAAGGAAGAAAUAAUCCAGUUCUUUGACGGGCUGACGGUGGCCCCCGAUGGGGUGCACUUGCUCUACGACUACACGGGAAGGGCCUCGGGCGAGGCGUUUGUUCACUUCGUUGACAAGGGGAGCGCUCAGGAGGCACUCAACAGGGACAGGGAGAAAAUAGGACACAGGUACAUCGAGGUGUUCCCGAGCUCCGCGGACGAGGUGAGGGCGUACGGCGCGCGCGACUCGGGCCGCGCCCCCGCCUCCGCCUCCGCCUCCGCCCGCGCCGCACGCCCCACGCCCUACGACCGCGGCGACGGAUACGCGCCGAGGUUCGCGCGCGGCGGCCGCGGCUUCUCCAGAGGUGGGAACUUCAGGCGGGGGAGUUUCCGGCGUGGCGGGUUCUGCGUGCACAUGCGCGGCCUACCCUUCAAGGCCACGCCACAGGACAUUGCCUAUUUCUUCAAGCCAGUGCGUCCGGUGAACAUCAGCAUCCUGUACGAGAACAGCGGCAGACCCUCGGGGGAGGCGGACGUCGAGUUCGACAGCCACGAGGACGCCGUGAGGGCGAUGAGACGCGACAAAAGCAACAUGGACCACCGCUACAUCGAGCUGUUCCUGAACUCCUCGCCCAACGGUGGCGGAUCUGGCUUCAAGCCCAACAGGAGCUUCCGCACCAACUAC